GCCAUGCACGGUUCCCUCUGAAGUCACAGCUUGCUCUACACACACAUAUAAACAACGCACGCUAGUGUGUUCCAGCUGACUCUACACUACAGUUCCUCUUUCAGCGGGUAUAUAUAACAUCUGAUAGGCUGUUGACUUACGUUUUUCCGCGUGUACAGGGAAAACAUGGCUUGGAAAAACUAGCUGUGCUGGAUUUAGUGAUGUUGCUGUAAGCUAAACUGCUCUCUUCUAUCGUUUUAGGGUAGUAAGGAUUGAACAAUCUGCUAAAGAUUAUUAUUUAUGACCGUAUCCACAGUGUAAAGUGCAUUGUGAAUACUUAUGUUAAGUAUAUGUAUUUUUGCAUUGGGAGCAUCUAUUUAUUAUUGUGAGCUAUUGGACUACAUUUUCAUUGCUAACCGAAUUUUUAGCCACUCAAAGUACUCAUCUGUUAGUAAAGUUACUCUAAAUACUCCAAAACCAGGACAUCAGAUACAUCAAGAGCACAGCUAUUUAAUCAUGACUGCCAUGCGAGUGGAUGCUAAAGUGGUCUUGCUUGGCAAGGAGAGUGUUGGUAAGACCAGUCUAGUGGAGAGAUAUGUACACCACCGGUUUCUUGUGGGUCCAUAUCAAAAUACUAUAGGGGCUGCAUUUGUUGCAAAAGCCCUCCGUGUCGGUAACAAGGUGAUUACGCUGGGAAUAUGGGACACUGCUGGAUCUGAACGUUACGAGGCCAUGAGCAGAAUCUAUUACAGAGGAGCCUGUGCUGCCAUUGUGUGCUAUGACUUGACUGACAGCAGCAGUUUUGGAAGGGCCAGGUUCUGGGUGAAGGAGAUUCAGAAAUGUGAAGAGCACUGUAAGAUAUUUUUGUGUGGUACCAAGAUUGACCUUAUUGAAGCAAACCGAAGGGUGCGGCAAGUAGACUACCAUGAUGUACAAGACUUUGCAGAUGAAAUAGGUGCACAACAUUUUGAGACCUCUAGCAAGUCAGGAAAAAAUGUUGAUGAAGUAUUUCAGAAGGUCGCUGAGGACUACAUUAACUGUGCUUUGGAGUUCAUGCAAGUGGAAAAGGGAGUGGACCUGGGGGAAAAGAAGGACUCUUAUUUUGACAACUGCUGCCAUAACUGACCUAUAGCAGGAAAAAUCUGCACCAUCAUAUGCUCUAUUACAUUGGAAUUACUGGAGGCUUGAUGUCUUUUAUACUCCUCAAAGCAUCAACUGGAGUGUCCUGAUUAUGUUUAGCUCAGAUCUUUUUUUUUUUGUUGCUGUGCGGUAUGUUGAGAUCGGGCUGAUUCUACUUGUUAAACACUUUUUUUUUUGUCAAGAACACUUUCUGAACCUGAGAAUGUUAAUUGAAGCAAAUAUCAACAAUGGAUUGCAAUCCAUUUUACCGAAAAGAGACUGCACAAAGUGUGCGCUUAAGAGAAGGAGGCCAUUGCAAGGCCAUUACAUCGUUGCCAAUGUUCCCAAAGGUCUCUGCUUUACCAAAACAAUGCCUUGAGUGAAUUUAAUCACCUUUUUUAAUAUAACUUAAGUGUUUCUAUUUUAGCAGUCUUUGGUUUUUGAGCAUCAUUAUGUUUACACCUUGUAAAAGUUCAUUUGUCUGUAUUGUGAUGUAUUAUCAGCUUUGUUUGAUAUAUAUAUUUAGGCCUAUCACUUUGCCACACUUAGCUGGAGUGGUUUAAGUUGCAGUUUUCACAAAUCUGAGAUCAAUUUAACCAUUUUUGUCAUAAUGGUAAAGGUUUGGAUAUUGAAUAUGGGUGGAUGAUUACUGAUAGUAAAAGGCAAUUUUUCCACCAGGAGACUAAUUUUGUUCUAGAAUGAAGCUUGUAACACCAAGGGAAAAGCUGUUAUAAUGUUAUAAGCUCAUAAGGUAACACUUUACACAAUAUGGUGCUUUUGUUAACAUUAGUAAAUGCAUGAGGUAUCAUGAACUAACAAUGAACAAUAUCUUUUUUACAGCAUUUAUUCAUGUUUGUUAAUGUUCAUUUGUAAAUGUACAGUUCAUUGUUAGUUCAUGUCCAUAAUACAAAAUGUUUAUUUCAACAUAUAUUAAGUACUGUAAAAAUAUUAAUUUGUUCACAUUAACUAAUAUUAACAAAACAACCUGACUUUAAAGUGAUACCUCUCGUAAUUAUACAACCUAAGAAUACAAUACUAUAGAAGACACUGCAAUGACCGCCUGGCACGUGUAAUCCUAUAAAGACAUUUUAAAAGGUGUCAAUUUGAGCCAUUGAAAUGUUGUGAUGUUCUGUGAAUUUGGAAGUAUGUGCAGAAAUGCUUCCUUUCGGAUGCACCUUUAAAAUUGGAAUAAGUUUGCAGUGUUUGAUAAUGAAGCCCAAAGUUCAUGUGUCGUGCUCUCCAUUAUUUAGUUUGAUGUAGAACUUAAGUCGAGUUUUACAAAAAGCAAAUGGAUCUGCAGCAUUUUGAUGAAUGUGAUGUUAAUGUUUACAAUGUAUUUUCUAAUUUUAUUUUACUUGGAGUUUGGAUACAGUGUUGUAAACUGAGACACUAACUUGUCAGUUAUAAACAUGUUUGUGCUCAUGAGCUCUUUUUACAUACAGCCUUGGUUUGCUCUUGAGUUUAUAUUGUGCCUGAAUUAAAUAGUACUCAAAGAAGCCUGUAAUUAAAAAUGUUGUUCUCUUUAUGAAAAUGUGCAUACUUGUGCUAGGAGAUUGUGGAAUUGUGCCAUUUAAUCUGGGCCUAUAUUGAGUUAAUUUGUUACAAUUUACUUUAACAUACUGUUCACUGUUAGAUCAUUAAACCUAAUGCAUUACAAUAAUGCUUAUAGCAUUAUUGUAAAGUAUUAUGAGUGUUUAAGAGCAGAUAUGACAUUUAUGCAUAAAAUAUCAAACCAAGAAACUCUGUGUACUGAUGAUAGCCAUAUUAAAAUAAAUUAUUUUGGUUAGUUCACUUAACUUUCACCUUGAGUGCACUUGUGUUACUAUUGAAACAUGAAACUGAGUAAUCACUAUAGUUCCCUUCCUCACCAACAAAACCAACCAUCACUUCAGAGGAAUGGAUUUCAUGUAAAUGAUUAUAGAUAUAAUCUAGAAGUUAUAUUGUACAUUAGAAAAACCUUAUAGCACCUCAGUAAGGGAAUGGAGGCGGCUGUGGAACCUGCUAUCUAUAUUUUGUAUAACAGUAUGAACUGAAAGUUAAAA